AGCAGCUAUGUGACACCACCUGACCACCAAAUAACAGCAGCCAGUUGAUAAUCUACCAGAAUUAUUCACCUCUGGAAAUGUAGUGUAAAAGUGGAAUAUAUUUAAAGAAUUUGAUCACCAUGGAUAAGAUAAGAUCCCUCAUCAACACCCACCAGCAGAGAUCAACUGAUUCGAUUGAAGACGAACCAAUUCUCCUCGACGAGAAGAAUAUAAGCACGAAGAAAGACUGGGAAGACCACAAGGAUGAUCCUGUGGAAAGGGAGGAAGUGAUGAAGAGCAUUGACGAGAUCCUCUUUAGUGGAGACAUUGACCCAAGCUUCAAGCUACUCCAGGAACUGCCAGAGAAGGAGACGGAUUUAAUAGCACUUGAGGAGAAACGAAGACAGAUGAGACUUCAACACUACUUUGUAGGGAGAAAGCUGACCGACGAAUUGCUGAAUAAAAAAGGAGAAUUCAACACGGAGUUAGACCGAGUAAUAGAACUAGAACAAGAUCUUCAAAAAACAUUUGCCGUCACUCUGGACAUCAGAUUCUCAGUAAAGCAAGCUAAGUUAGGACUAACCGACGGGGCUAUCACACUGCUGGGCUACUAUUCUCAAAGACAACGACUUAUUGCAUUGCUCAACACCCUAAAGACUAUAAAAAUCCUCCACAAAACGGACGAGAGGCUAAGGGAGCUGAUAGACAAGGAGGACUUCCCCGGUGCUAUACAACUGUGUAGAGACUGCCAACAUGCUGCUGUUACCUACAGACAGUACACUUGUAUUCAGGAUCUGAACUCCAAGUUAAAAGACACGGCUGUUUUGAUUGAAGAGAAGCUAGACGUGGUCCUAUCAGUGAUGUGUAUAAACUUCGACCACGAGCGUUACAGCAAGAUAACCACCGCUUACCUCUUACUAGGGAAGCUGCAGAGCGCAAUGGAUCAGCUUCACAUGCACUUCACCAGUGCAAUCCACUCCAGAACAUACGAAACCGUCUACAGAUACGCGAGUAAUACCUCCGCAGACCAGAAGAUCCAAUACGAAGACCUCUGUAGAUUUGUACCACCAGAUCUCUACAUCGAGUGUCUAUCUAACAUUCUCACUACUCUCUGGGGCAUUAUGACAAGCUAUCAGAAGAUGCUGAGUUACCAUUACAGUGAUAGUAGCUGUGCUGAUAAGCUAUCUCAGUUCGAUAAGAAUUACGUUCAACAGAAGCUACAACUCGGUCUUGCUAGAAUCUGGCAAGAUGUUCAGCACAAAGUAAACCCUUACCUAGUUUCACAAGAUCUCUCCCAAUUCCAGUUCGACGAUUUUAUUAAAGUCCUAGACCUCGUCAACAGACUCAUUCAGGUAGGAGAGGAGUUUUGUGGAACACCUAACAUACCCUGUGAUCUGUUGCGGGAACCCCUCCGAGCUCAGAGUGUACAGUACUUCAGACGUUACCACGCCUCCAGAACUGAGGAGCUGUACAUGUUUCUCAAUAUGGAGCUUUGGGAGCUAUUACCUGUUAAACCUACCUUCACCACUAUACAACUUAACGAGUUUAGAUUCAUGGCGUCUAAAAAGAAUGAUAAGAAGAAGCUCAGCGAGAAAGGUGACGGCUACUUCUCUGACAAGACUACCUCUCCGUUCAUGUUUGCUGACAUAGGUGUCAUGGAGGAGAGUUUCUUUGAUUUUCAGGAGGAUUCAGACUCAGAUGUCGAUGAGGAACUGAAGCAAGAUUUUGUGGAGGACGGAGCAACUGAAACAGAUAAGGGCAACAAGCGAAAGAAAAUGACGAGCAAAGUUACGUUUCACAAUUCCAGUCGAGAUGGACCUAUACUGACCAACACAACUCUAAAUGUUUUGAGGUACCUCGGGAAGUACAUGUUAAUGAUGGACAGCCUGAAACCGAUCGCAUUUGACGUGCUUCUUUCCAUGUCCCAGCUGUUCGAGUACUACAUGUACGCAGUUUAUAUGUUCUUCGGGUCGACUAACGUCGAAAGUUCCAAUCCCAGGCUAGCCCAGAUACUUCUCAAGAUCCAAAGCUCAAUAAUUCUCGGUGAAGAACCUCGACCCAAUGGGAUCAAUAUCCCUGCACCCCAAGUAUCUGAUCUCAUCAACCUUCACGAUACUCAGAACCUAUUCGGACUUAAAGAGCGGUUAAUAGCAACGGAAUCUUUGGUAUUCUUAGCAUCUCAGUUCGACCUCUGGAAGGAAUAUCUCGACAAUCAGAUUCCUGCUGACAAACUCAACUUUCUCAACCAGUUCUACAAUCAGACUCUACCGUUGUCCCGGGAACUACGAGAGGCAGUUUACAGUGGCGUGGCUUCUAAAGCCAUGUCUUACAAUGCUAUACUACAACUAAUGGGAAAUGUAAAGUGGGAAAUUAGGGAACUGAUGAGCGAGCCUAAUUCCUAUGUUUACGUUAUGCUUCAGGAAAUGGAAGCAAUGCAGCAAAAAAUAUCUGUAGUCAGCACCUUUGUUCCCAUUCCCGUAGAGGUGUACCAGAUGAUAUGGACCCUCAGCAUCAGUGAGCUAUGUCGUGUGUUCCUUGAAGGGUUCGGAUCAGCUCGCAAGUGUACUCACGAGGGUCGCGCCUGGAUGCAACUUGAUUUCCAGCAAUUUAUAGUGCAGGUGGUCAAGUUCAUAACAAUUAAGCCGAUACCGGGUAAGGACGUUGUGGAGAACUUCAUUAAGGCUUACUACUUGACGGAGGGAGAUCUAGAGCAGUGGCUGAGAGAGAACUACAUGUCGUACAGCAGUAAACAGCUCAACUCUAUAAUAAACUGUACUACCGCCCAAUUCAGUAAGAUGAUGCAGCGCAGCCGUCUUUCUGGCAUUGUUGAUGAACUGAUUAAAAAGAGUUGAUUUUGACUCAACCUAAACGACUAAUUAUUAUUGUCUUUUUGAUUAAUCUACAGAAUUAAAUUGAAUGCACUUGCUUCCGAGUUUGAAUUUAACAAACUUUUGAAACUGUAUUAUGCACUACAUACUAGCAGGUUUUAUUUGUUGCCCUGUCGCCGUGCUUUCGUAACUGCUUUUAUUGAUUUAAGAUUUAAGUUUGACUCUAAUGUUUCAAUGAUGAAUUUGUUUGUUUACUGUAUUGUGUAACUGUAAGGCGUUAGUAAAUCGUCAUCAUUAUAAAAA